AUGUCAGAUGAUUCAUCAUAUAUACUAAAUCUGUCAUCUGUUAAUGAAAGUACAAUUAAUUUAAAUGAUGAUUUACCAAUUGGUUCUGAACAUUCUUCAAAUAUAAUAGAACAAUCUCCUUCAUUCAAUCAUAAUAAUAAUUAUAACAACAAUAAUAAUAAUAAUCAUCUACGAGUUCAUAGAAGAACUGAAUCAACAAAUUCAUUUAUUAAAAAUAGAAGAAGUAUAGAUAAUGAAAGUUAUGUACUGUCAGGUACAUUAUUUACAUUUGAUGAAAAUAGAAAUGAUACAGCAUAUUCACCAUUAGGACCAAAUUCAAUAUAUGAAUUAACAAUUGGAUCAGAUACAGCAAGAGCAAGAAGAAAUAGAAUUCCUAAAACAUCUGUUACAUUAAAUGGAGGUACUACAACUAUAUAUAACAUUAACACUCCAACAUCAAAAGAUAUACCACAAAUUCAAUUAGAAAAAUUAAACUUAAAAGUAUCAAAUCAAGAAUUAGAAGCAAAAUUUGUAAAUGAUAUAGCAAAAGAAUAUAAGAAAUUUGAAGAUAGUCAUAAAAAAUUAACUGAGGAUUCAUUAAGAAAAUUAUCACAACCAUCAGCACAAGGAGAAUUAUCGACUUCAUCAUCAAUUGAAAAUUUUCAAAAUAUAGAACCGUUGUUAAAUGAAGUUCCUGAUAUAUUUCUUGAUCCUGAUUUCAAACUAGAUGAUCCAAGAACAUUUAAAAAAGUAUUGGAAAAUUCAAAUCUUAAAUAUGAACAAGAUCAUAUUAUAAAUGAUACAGAUUUACAAGAAAAAUUUUCACAUUAUUUAGAUCUUGUUGAAAUGAAUUUAAUUGCAGAAAUUGAAAAAUCUUCUGAUUCAUUUUUUGAUACUAUUGGAGAUAUAGAAAAUAUUCAAAAAAAAUCAGAUAAUUGUGUAAAUGAUUAUCAAAAUAUUAUUAAAAAAUUAAAUCAUCUUGAACAAAAUCAAGCAAAACAAGGUUUAAGAAUAUUGGAUAAAAUGAUUGAAAAAAGGAAUGUUGAGGCUUUGGAAAUAACUACUAUACAAUUACAAUAUAUAACUUCGAUUUUCCAAUUGGCAAAUUUAUCAUUUCAUCAUAAUGAUUAUUUCAAAUGUUUGAAUCAAAUUGUGGCCGUCGAAAGCUUAAUUCAUGGAGUGCAUUAUGAUGAAAUAAUUGAUGAAGAUGUGAAAAACCUUUAUCCCAAAUUAACAGUCAUUAAUUUGAGUAAUUUACCUGCUUUAAUACACUUAAUAAAUGAUUUACAAACAUUGAAAACUAACUGCUCAAGAAAAUAUAUACAUGAUUUUAUUGAUUUAUUACUUCAAGAUUUGAGUUCUCAUUAUAAAUCUGUUCCUACAAAAGAUACAUUGAAUAGAAUGUAUGUGAAUAAAGACAAGUCAAGAAAAUAUGCAUCAAAACCAAUUAAUACAUCUUUCAGGAACUUAGAUCCAACAUUUCAAUCAAAAUUACAAGAAUACGUAUCUAACCUUAUAAAGGCUGGAAAUUUAAUUAAUGCAUAUACACUUUAUCAAAAUAGAUUCAUCGGUGAAAUUAAAGAAAUUAUUAAACUGAAUAUACCAACAACUCAAAAAAUUGAUGAUUUAGACUCUGAAACUUCACCAACACCUCCAGAUUCUGCUACCACAACAACCACCAUAACAUCAAAUGCAUUAGGUACUAAUAUAAAAGUACUAACACCAAAAGAAUUUGAAGCAAUGCUUUCGAAAACUUAUGCACAAUUAUCUGAAUGUUUAAGAAGGCUAACGGUUCAUCAAAAAUUAUUAUUAGAUAUUGCAUUGAAAACGAUACCACCUACUUCAAAUAUCAACAUAAUGUCAUUAGAUAUCACAAAAGCAAUUCACAAAGCGAUUGAAUUGACUCAAAUUAGGUUGAGAAAAGUUAUAAGUGUACGACUGGAGCAAACUGCUGAUUUACCAAUUCAAUUAUACUUAAGAUUAUUUUCUAUAACAUCAGCAUAUUUACAAGAAUGUGAAUUAAUAAAUCCAGCUUUUGAAUCAAGUGGAGCAGUUGGUGAUUUAAAAGCAUGGUUUCAAGAUCAUACGGUUUAUUUUAUACAUAGAAUUCAUGUUAAUUCAUCUAAGCUGAUGGCAUUAAGUUGUUCAAGAGAAACUUGGAAAAUUAUGGACGAUCCUGAAAUUUUGGGGCCUGUUCAAGUUUCAUUAAAUGAAAUUAUAGAAUACUCAGAGUACCAAAAAACAAAUGGUUCAAGAGGAUUUUCUGGUAGUGACUGGCUAAACUCAAAUGAUUUUUAUCAAGAUGAUAAAGACAUAGUUGACGAGCAACCACAAAUUACUACGAAUAAACUUAUAAUUGAUGAUAAUGAAUUCAUCAUCCCCAAUUUAGCAGUAAUAACUGUUAACCAUAUUAAAAAUUACAUUAUUGCAUCAAAAGCAUUUCCUAAUUAUUCAACAACUAUUGAGAACAAUUUAUUAAAUUAUUUUAAAGAAUUAAAUUCAAAAACAUCUCAAGCAGUUUUGGGUGCAGGAGCUACAAGAACUGCGGGAUUAAAACAUAUAACAACUAAACAUUUAGCAAUAUGUAUUAGAUUUAUUGAAUUUAAUAUUUCAUUUUUACAAAAUUUGCAACAUAUUUUCAAAGAUGAACGUACUGAAGAUCAAAUUUCAUUUACUAAAAUGAUAAGCAACUACAAGGAUCAUGAAACUGAAUUAUUUGCCAAAAUUAUUACUAUUAUGCAAGAAAGAACAAUUGCUAGUUGUAAUAAAUUACCAAAUAUCAAUUGGUCGGAACCAGUUAAACAUCCACUUCAUUGUCAUCAAUAUAUGGAAAAUCUUGUUAAAGAUACUUCAACUGUUGCUAAAACUUUAAUGAAAUAUUUACCAGAAUUAAAAUAUUCUUUAAUUUUACUGCAAAUUUUUGAUAGUUACAAGAGAUUAUUUGUUGAAAGUUAUUGUACAAAAUUGCCCACAUUUAAAGAUUUUAAUGAAAAACAUAAUGUAUUGAAAGAUGUUGAUUAUUUUAGAGUAAAAUUAAGUGAAUUUCCAGGUUAUGGUAAUUCAGGAUUAGUUAUUUGGGAAAAUGUUAAUUCAAUGCCGACUGUUGAAGAUAUUGAAAUGGAAGAAAAAAUGAGAAAAAAUGUAAAUUUAGAACAAAAAGAAGUUACAACACCAGUAGCUGCAGAAGUUUCAGCUAAAUCUCAAAAUACUUUUCAAAAAUUGGUAUCAUCUGCAAGAAGUUCAUUUGAGAAAAGUAAUACUCCUAAAGCAGAAGAAGUAGAAAAAGUAUUGAAUGAAGUAGUAGGUGAACCAGCAACUGAAAACAAUGUUUUAUUUGAUUCUGAAAAUAUACAAGAAACAAUUGCGGACCAAAAAGUUGAAAAAGAUCUUCCUGAAAUCAAAAAUGACCAAAGUGAGGUUAUUGAGAACGGUAAUAAACCUAAAGUAGGGAAUAUCCAAAACGGUUCAAAUGAGUCAGAAACAUCAGAAGCUAUAAAUAUUAACAAUGGUCACCAUUCCAUUUCUGCAGACGAAAACAAAAAUGGUAAUCCGGAGAAUGAACAAGAUAUUAAAGAAUUACCAGAAGAAACUGUUGCUCAUGAAAGUGAAUCAAAUGGUGCUCAAAUUGUUGAUGAAAGAGAUGGAAUAGCUCAAAUGGUAAAUAAAGAAGAAUCCUCAAUAGCUAAUGAAGAAGUGGUGAAUGAUAAAGAUGAAACAACUAACGAAGAACCAAAAAAACUUGAAAAUAAUACAAAAGAACGUGAAGGUGAAACAAAAGAUACAGAAGAGAAAUUGAAAGAAGAUGAACUUGAGUCAACAGAAAGUUUAGAAGAUGAAGUACUGACAAAAGAAAAUGAGAAAGAUCUACAAGAAAAUGUAAAUGAAAAACAGGAAGUUCAAGAAGAAACCAAGAAUGAUUCAGAACAAGAUAAAGAGUCUUUAAAUGACAUCGUAGAAAAACAAGCCACUACUGAAAAUCAAGAAUCGUAUGAUAACAAGGAUGAGCCAGCAGUUGUCGAGGAAGAUACAGAUCUUGCAAAGGAUGCAUUAAUGGAAGAAGCUCAAGAAGAAGAAUCACAAAUAACUAAAAAAGAUUCAAAAAACGAAACAGAAAAAUCAGAUGGUGAUCAAACUCAAGAAGUAAAUGAAAAGGGAGAAGCUGAAUCGAUAUCAAAAGAGUCAGAAACUUCACUCAAUGAUGAAAAUGAGAUUACUUCACCGUCAGAUAUCACCGAAACAACAAACAAUAAAAACAACAACAACAACGAAACACUGACAUCUAACAAGUCCAAAAAUCAAAAGAAGAAGAAUAAGAAAAAGAACAAGAAAAAAUAA